CAGCAGCGGCUGUGGUUGGGAUCGCUCCGUACUACUAGCUUACUACAAACUUUUUUUUACUGAUUUCAUGACAAGAGAAUAUAUCUCUACAACUACAUGUCAGGGCGUUGUGAUUGUGUACCUGCAUCCUGCAUGCUUGAUGUCAUGAUGAGGUGGUAAUGUUCGAUGGAGGAUUGACAUGAUUUACGAUUUCCGGAUACAACAAUCAUCAAGGCAGCACGCAAAGUGCAUGAUCGAUUGACAUCAGACCCUCGUCGAUUGCACGGGACUCAACGAACACAAUCGAGACAUUUGGCAACACCAUAACCCCUGGAGAGAAGUCCCUUGCAACAAUUCCUGCGGAAGUAGAAGAUGCAGGACGGAACAAUAGCAGUGGAAGCAGUGCCAGUGCCGCAAAAAAAGCUACAAGUGCCUCUGGAAAGACGAAACAAAACCGGAAAUCCAGAACUUCCGUCACCGAGGCACGAGCGAAAGGAAAAAAGGAGGAGGACAAAGCUACGAAAGCUAAUAGCGCAGUGCCCGCGACUAUCAAAAGAAAAUAAAGGUGUUACACUUACAGCAAACACAUUUCUUGGAGCAACUUCAGAAAAAGAACUAGAACAAACUUGCUGUGCAUGGCAGAGAAAACUUGCAAUUCAGAGAUCAUAAGGGAAAACACGAGGCAACCAGACCUGGUUGCCGGCAAGCACGCCUGCUUUCCGGCAACCUCUUUUUUGCGUGUUCUGCAACAUAAUGUCGUGUAGCAAUUGUAACGCUUUUUCCUGUGCAUAGCGCCGGCAGCGGGAACGAGCCCGAGUAAGCAGUCCGCAUCCGCAGUUUCGGUUUCGACAACCGGAACAGGGGAACGAACUUCCUUUCAGAAGAGGCAGGCCCGCAGCUCCAAUUUUCGGAGCAUUAAGGAGAUUGAUUCACGGCAACUGGGCUUCAAACAGCACGGACAAAACCAGAAGCGCCUAGAGCUCGCGCUUCGAACAUCAAACAACAUCAUGCAGCAGGUACUUAAGUACUUACAUAUGAAGAAAGUAUUAUCAAUGUCUAGCGAUUCGUAGCACUGGUCAGAAAACAAAACUUGUCAAAAUCGAAAAAACGAAGAGGAAACAGAAACAAACGGAAACAAAUGAAGGUGGCUGCGAGCCGACAAAACCAAAACGGUGUCGGACAGCAAGGGUUCCUCUCCGAAGAGCAGAAUAGCAGCCGGGCCUCUGCGCGUGAACUGGAUGACUUGCCUUUCAACGACACCGACCUGGAGCAAACCCCGCCCGUGGAGCAGAACAAAGCCCGUAGGAAAACGCAAAGCCUCGCGGAGUCUAACGCUACAUUGGAAAUCGGUCCUGGUACUUCAGCAUCUACCGGGGGGCAACCAGCAUACGGGGAUUCUGAAAGCGGUACGCCGGCGGAGCAGGCGAUCGCAAAUACUUCUAGCCCGACCACCGCUUUUCGUCUCCGCCUGGCGGGGAACCGCGACGGGUACCAGGCACUAGCCUUGGACGGCCAGAAGAAACGUGAGACGAAACCUUCCCUGUUGGUGCAGCAAAUCGUCGCGCCAUACAAAAAAAACUUCUCUUUCCCACCGGAGGCCGGCAGAAAUUACUCCCAACCGACCGGCGCGAGGACCCCGUCUUCUACCAGCGGCGCAAGUCCCAGUCCGGCUGGCAAGGCCGCGUCGGGCGCCGCAGCCGCUGCGUCAUACAGUACUACAAGCAGCGCCCGGCAGCGCGCGAAGGACUAC